AUGGCCUCAGGCUGGACACUUUUGUUUAUCGCCUGGUCGAAUCUGGUAUACUUCAAAGAAGUAUCCUGUGCUCUCCAAGCCGAACUAGACUAUAUGUCACUUUAUAUGGAAGUGAACUAUGAUGUUUUGGACAAUCUCCGGACACCCGGCAGUUCUCGCCACAGAAUCACCUUAUCCAAUGCAGGUACGGAAAUUAUUCGGAGUGGAGACUGGGCCAUUUACUACACUAAUAUAAAAGGUGUUUCCCGGCCCAGACGUCAGCAAGAUGCAGCGUUUGAUUGGCGUCGUUACGGCGUAGAGAUAACACAUAUUCAAGGAUGCCACUUCCGCAUUCACCCGACAUCUUCUUUCAUUCCAAUUCCACCCGGGGGAAAACUCGACAUUUAUUACUUAGCCAGGGGUGCCUUCAUUUCCCGAACUGAUAUUUACCCUAACUGGUAUGUGGCCGCACCCGGACUGACGCCACGAACGUUGCGCAACACGGUCAGCGAGAACCUGCUUUUUGUAGGAAACUUUGACGCCCCAAACAAGUGGAAGCGGUGGGAUUCAUCUCGUAGGCGUGACAUGUACGAUCCGUUUUCUCCCGAAGCUCGCCAGGAACGUUACGGUGUCAGAGAUCUUGGCCCAGACGAACUCAGUCUAGUACCAACCCCACUGAGCCUCAAGCUCUUCGACGCCUCCAGAGUGAAACUGUCAACGUUAGAUUGGGUUAUCUAUCUAGAGCCGGGUUCGAACGCUUUGAAAGACGCUGCAAGGCUGGUCUCACACGAAUUUUUAAUGAAGAUCGUCCAAGAACCACCGCGCCGGAGAUUUAUUGAGUUCCGAGUCGGACGUCCGGAUGUCAUUGUUGACGGGAAGCUGUCCAACAGCACAGAGGCCUACCAGUUAAUUGUGGAAGGUAGGGCGGAGAAAGUCACCAUUGUCUCUCCAUCUUCAGCGGGUGCUUUCUACGCCUAUCAGACAAUAAAAAGUUUGAUGUCCUCCGACGCAAGUAUGCCGUCCAUUACCGUCAAGGACGCACCUCGUUACGUCUUCCGUGGGCUUCAUUUAGAUAUUGGUAGAAACUUUCAGAGUAAGUCAGCGAUUUUGAGGGUGCUGGACGCCAUGGCGAUGUACAAGUUAAACAAACUACAGCUACACCUGGCGGAAGACGAAGGAUGGAGGCUGGAGAUUCCCGGUCUGGAAGAAUUAACCCAGUACGGAUCUCAGCGUUGUCACGAUCAGAACAAGUGCUUGGUUCCUCAACUGGGUUCAGGGCCCACCAAUCAGACCAGUGGGAGCGGAUUCUACACUGUCGAUGAUUACCGAGAAAUCUUGCGUUACGCUAACGAACGUUUCAUUGAAGUCGUACCGGAGUUUGACAUGCCGGGCCACAGCAGAGCAGCUGUCAAAUCCAUGGAGAAGAGACACGAGUGGUUGUUGGGGAAAGGAGAUUCAAACGGCGCCACCGAGUUCUUGCUGUCGGAUUUGCAGGACACCACUAGGUAUUCCUCCGUUCAGAUGUUUGACGAUAAUACCAUCAAUCCGUGCAUGGAAUCAACUUACAGGUACAUCGACCAUUUGGUGGCGUCAGUGAAAGAACUCCAUAGAGAGAUUCAGCCUUUGGUUAUGUUUCAUUUCGGAGGGGACGAAGUGCCGGGUGCCUGGGUGAACUCCACUCUCUGUGAAACCUUUCUACGUCAACACCCUGACGUUGACGGCGUUGAGGGGUUGAAACGUUACUUCUCUUACCGCGUUUCAAACAUCACAGCCGCCCACGGUCUGGACCUAGGGGCAUGGUGGUGGGGGUUGAUGGACAGAAACUCCAACGCCUUCGAGCGAUCCCGCAUGCCGAACGCCAACGUCCUUGGUUACGCCGGAAAUAACGUCUGGGAGUGGGGAGGCGCUAACAGGGCAUACACGCUGGCAAAUGCUGGAUUCAAGGUUGUCCUUUGCCAUUCGAGCCAUUUGUUUUUCGAUCAUCCUUACGAACCAGAUCCUGAGGAGAGAGGGUUCUACUGGGCAGGGCGGUUCAUAGAUACGAAAAAGAUUUUCGGAUACCUGCCAGAUCGCUUCUAUGACAACGCUGACGUCACAGUUGCCGGGGCGCCGUUUACAAGGCAAGACCUGUGCGGAGCCAGUGGAAAUCGAUGUGUACCCCUCAGGCGCCCGGAUAACAUACAAGGUUUACAAGCUCUGGUAUGGUCGGAAACUAUUCGGACGGAAGAGGAAAUGAAUUACAUGGUAUUUCCAAGACUUUUGGCUUUGGCGGAAAGGGCCUGGCACAAAGCAUCAUGGGAAAGCAUUGAUAAUUCUCGAGAGAGGACAAGACUCCGAGACCUUGACUGGGAGCUUUUCGCCAAUAAAAUUGGUCACAAGGAGUUAUUGCGAUUGGAUGAACUAAACAUAAAUUACAGGGUGCCGCCCCCUGGUGGCAGCAUUGACACCAAUGGCCGUUUGGUGACAAGCACAACUUUCCCAGGUCUGGCUGUGGAAGUAAGUUUUGAUGGGGGACUAACAUGGAGAGCUUGCAGAAAUGAUGUAGUGUGUGGAGAAAUAUCAUUAAGGACAAGAUCAGCUACCGGGUCUCGAUCGAGUCGAGUGGUUAAACUGACGGCACCGUCAUGUAUGGCCACAACUCAGGCGGACGUGGAUUACAUGUCCGUCUUUAUGGACGUGCGUUAUGACGUAGUGGACAACUUCAUCGAUGGCACGAGCAACUCAGCACAGCGAGUGACACUGUCCAAUACGGGUAAGCGGGACAUUCGAGGUGGGAAUUGGGCGAUCUACUUCUACCACAUUUUGGGAAUUAACCAGCCAACUAGCGAUGAGCUGCAGCGAUAUAACUACAUCCACUAUGGAGUAAACAUCUCCCACGUGCAAGGCAUGCUGUUCAAGAUCGAACCACUGCAAUCGUUUAAGACGCUGAAACCCGGUGACAAACACAUGAUAAACUUCCUGGGAAAGUACUGGUACGUGUCCCGCACGGAUAUCUUCCCAAACUGGUUCAUAGCAGCGAGCGGGACCAUCGCUCGGACAAUCCGGAGCACUGUAGGAGAAAGCCUGUCUUUUGUUGGUUAUUUUGACAAACCAAAUCAGUGGAAAAGGUACGAGACGGAGAAUCUGAAGGAUAUGUACGACCCGUACACAGCGAACAUGCGUUACGACAUAUUCGCCGUGAAUGAUCUCGGGUACGCUCCCAAGCAGGUAAUCCCAACACCCGUGGACGUGAAGAUGUACGAGAGUCGGUGGGUGAACCUGGGAACCAAGGAUUGGGUGGUGUUCGCUGGUCCAGGAUCCGACAAAUUGGUGGAAACGGCGCAAUAUGUAUCUGCUGAUCUUGGAUUGAAAUUUGUUGAGGAGCCUCCGGAAUCGAGGUUCAUCCAAUUCCUUGAGAAGAUGCCAGAGGUUACAGUAGAAGGAAAGUUAUCUCUAAGUGAAGAAGCUUAUGAACUGCGAGUGCAAGACGAUACGCAGACUGUCACAAUCGUGGCAAAUUCUGCUUCUGGAGCAUUUUAUGCCUUCCAGUCCCUUAAAAGUUUGAUGAGCAGAGAUGGUCACGUUCCCGUGACCAUCAUUCGAGAUUCACCGAGAUUUCCCUACCGAGGGAUGCACCUUGAUGUCGGUAGAAACUUUCACACAAAGCAUGAAGUAUUCAAGUUGCUUGAUGCAAUGGCUCUGUACAAGCUGAACAGGCUACAUUUUCACCUUACCGAAGACGAAGGGUGGCGACUGGAAAUUCCUGGACUUGAGGAGUUAACUGAGCUCGGUUCCAAACGGUGUUUCGACGAGAGCGAGAAACUCUGCCUGGUGCCACAACUAGGAUCUGGCCCAACCAACCAGACAAGCGGAAGUGGGUUCUACACCGUCAAAGACUACCAAGAAAUUCUUCUGCACGCCAAAAAUCGUCAUAUAGAAGUUAUUCCAGAGUUCGACAUGCCUGGACAUAGCAGAGCCGCCAUUAAGGCCAUGGAGAAGAGAUAUUAUAAAUUCAUGCAACGGAAUAAUCGGUCAGAGGCUGAACAUUUCCUUCUCUCUGAUCUGUACGACAGAUCAGAGUACCUCUCUGUGCAGCUCUUUAAUGAUAACGCAUUGAACCCGUGUAUGGAAUCCACAUUUAAAUUUGUUGACCAUCUUAUACGUUCCGUUAUAGAAAUCCACCGGGACAUUAGUCCAUUAAAGGUCUUCAACUUUGGUGGUGACGAAGUUGCCGUAGGAGCAUGGGUAAACUCCACAAAGUGUAAUAUAGUUCUAACCAGUAACGACAAUAUUAAUGAUGCCAAGGACCUUAAGGAGCAUUUCCUUCGCCGAGUGUCGUCCAUCAGCGCGAACUACGGUCUCCAGUUAGCCGGUUGGGAAGACGGACUGAUGGACAAGACUUCUCAGCCCUACAAUCUUACCAGACUACGCAAUUCCCAAGUCUAUGCUCUGGCGUGGGACAAUGUAUGGGAAUGGGGUGUAUCCACUCGAGCAUAUAAACUGGCCAAUCAAGGCUACAAGGUUGUGCUGGCACAUGCUACUCACUUGUACUUUGACCACCCGUACGAGCCCGACCCCGAGGAACGGGGGUUCUACUGGGCGCCCAGAUUCAUUGACACGCGGAAAGCGUUUGGUUACAUGCCGGACAACGUUUACGCUAACGCUGACGUCACCCGAGCUGGGACGCCGUUCACAGAGAAGGACCUUUGUGGUGUUGACGGCUCAAAAUGCGUCCGCUUAAAAACCGAAAAUAUUGUUGGUAUGCAGGGUCACCUGUGGACGGAGACUGUCCGCACAGAGGAGCAGAUGGAUUACAUGAUAUUUCCUCGUCUCCUGGCGUUGGCAGAGAGGGCGUGGCACAAGGCCUCGUGGGAGUCCGUGCAGAACGAGACAAUCCGAGAGCGACUACGAACCAUCGACUGGGAAGAUUUCGCCAACACGUUGGGCUACAAGGAGUUGGCCAGAUUAGAUAACCUGGGCAUCAAGUACAGGGUACCUCCACCUGGUGCAAAAGUGGAAGGAGGCAAACUGAUGUGGAAUGUGGAAUUCCCCGGAAUGAUCGUAGAACACAGUACAAAUGGCGGGAAAUCUUGGUGUGAAGAACAGGAGACGGAUAUUUGUGGUGAAGUUUUACUGAAAACAAAGUCGGCGUCUGGGAAGAGAGCUAGUCGAGUAACUCGCCUGAUUCACACAAAAUGUUGACGUAAACGGCCAUAAUUCAUAUCUCGGUUAUUGGAUUAUUUAUGUUUUAUUUCUCUGUUCGUUUUGUUGGUUUUUUGUGUGGUUUUGUUUUGUGUGCACUAUUUGUUUUCUGGCAGGUUUUCAAUGAACGGUUGGAUCUACAUGUUUGUUUGAACAUCUAGAAUAGAUUGUUUUUGGCUAAUCCAAGAGGGCUCUUGGAUAUGCGAGACUGGAAUGAUAAUACUCUGGGCUUCACAAAUUUCUUGCACUCUUGCGAGUGAGGUGAUAUUAAGCUUUAUGUUAAGUUACAUGUAGUGCGACCAUUGUGAUUUGUGUGGAGCACCGUUAGCGUUCAUUUGGGAUAUGGAAGCAGCCUCAGUCUUCAGCUUGGCUAAAUGAAUUUUUGUACGUGUUUUGGUUAAAAGAAAGUUAUGCGUUUGUUUACAUCGGUUGUUUAGUUAUCAAAUUUUGUUUACUUUAGAAUAUUAUUCUGAACAAAAAAAUUAAAAUGUUAUACAUUCCUUGGUCUCAUCGACAUAGGGUUAAACAAGACUGUAAACGUUUUCAUGUAUGUGCAUUCAUACAUAAACCUGUGAAAAAUGUUGAUUAUAUAUAUAUGUUUAAAAGAUAUAUUCUGAUGUAAAUUUAUUUAUCUCGUCUCUAAAUGUCUUGCGUAUUCGCUUAUUUACACGCUGUAGAAGUGCUUACAUAAGUUUAAUCUUUAAAGAUGUCGUUUCUUUAAAUAUGUGCAUUGUUACCUGUUUUAAUCUGCAAUAAAA